AUGCCUCUGAACUCCGUCGUUUUCGAAGCCGACCCCGAAAAGAAUGCUUCAGUGGUCGUGACCCAGUCGAAACAAUCUCGUCUCUUGAAGCAUUGGAGACAAGACAUCCGCAUCAAGCAUUCGGACAUCAUUCUAUUGAUGUGCAGCUUUCUUUCUGGCCUUUGUGACAGUGGUGCAUUCAAUGCCUGGAGUUGUUUCGUCUGUAUGCAGACAGGCAAUACCAUCUUCCUGGGACUUGGUGCAGCAGGAUUACCAAUUUCAAAGCCUUAUGGUUGGCUUCGCUCGCUGAUAGCAAUUCUCGCGUUUGUGGUGGGCUGUUUCGUUUUUUCGACGAGCCGGAACCGUAAUCCAAGGAGUCGAGGGACGUUGGCGACAUCUUUCCUGGUGCAAGGAAGCUGCCUGGUUGUGGCUGCCGUCCUCGUGCAAGCAAAGGUUGUACCAGACGCAGUCAAGGACUCCGAAUCGAUGAUGGUUCUCAUUCCACUAGUCUUCCUUGGGUUUCAAGCUGGAGGACAAGUCUGGACUGGCGAAGUUCUCGGUUUCAAAGAAAUUCCCACAACUGUGCUGACGAGCGUCUAUUUUGGGCUUGCCUCGGAUGUGAAGUUCCUGCAGGGCCUGAAGAUGAACCUUCCCAGGAAUCGGCGUUUAAUCGCUGUGGCCGCCCUGUUAAUUGGGGCUAUUUCCGGCGGAUGGUUGAGUAGAAGCCGAGGAGGCAUUCCGUCGGUAUUUUUCGUCGCCGCUGGCCUGAAGUUCUGUAUAUCUGGGAUAUGGAUGUUGUGGCCGGCGGACGAAAAGGGGCAAUUGGUCCCCCGAGUGACCAUCGACCGACCAUCCCACUGA